AUGAUGACAUUCUUAAGUAACCAACCCAUGAAAACUUAAUUACUUACAUACUCCACCAUAGUUAUCAUAAUAGUUUCAGUCUUAACAUAUCUAACAGGGUAUUUUGGAGGUUAGUAUAUACUUCAAGAUUUUUUGGCUUAAUCUGACAUUAUCUAUGAGAGAGUAAAUUCAAAUAAAUCCAGCCUUACAAACUAUUAUUUAAAGCAUUUUAAUUCUUAUUUUGAAAUAAACUCUACUCCAUUAAUUAUUCUAAAUAAAUUGUACCUACAUUAUAUAGGAAUUGUAACUACAUAUGAAAUAAACGUAAAUAACUUUGGUGGUUCAAAUCCUUUUCCAUCAGUUUUGGCAGAUAAAAAAAAUUAGAAAUAUUCUGAUUCAAUAUUAUGUUAUGCAUUUAAGCAGGAAUUUCUGGCAUAAAAUACUGAAGUUAUUUAAGAGGUCUCAUUCGCAGACUUUUUGGCACCUCUAGGAUAAAUCAUUCAUUCCCAAUUUGAUGAAAAUAGGCCAUUGAUUUAUGGAUACAUAAUAAAAAAUCCCAAGAUACUAUAUUCGUAUCCAUGUUAUUCAUAUGGUGAAUCAUUUGAAGAAUACAUUCCAGAAUCAAGGCCAUGGUUUAAAGAGGCUCAGAAUGCAUCUGAGAAAGUUACUAAAAAUUUUGAGUACGAGUAUUCAAUAUCAGAUCCAUAUUUAUGUAAACUAAUGAUAUUUAUGUAUCAGUUAAUUAAGCAAAAGAAAUUGGAAUAACUUUGA